AUGUUAAGAUUCUAAGAUAAAUUAUUGAGUUAAUACUCUGGUCAUACUAUUGAUUUAUCGGAACUAUCCUUACCUACAAAUUACAUACCUUUAAUAAAUAAAGUUGUAAAAAAUGUUCCUUUUGUUAACCUUUCCUAAAACCCAAUUUAUGGUGGCAUUCGAAAUCUUUAACUUCCUAUGAUUAGUUUAACUCUAUUUAAUUGUGAAAUAGGUCUUAGAGGAUUUUCAGUACUUUUCCAAACUCUUUCAAUCGAUCAAACACUUUAUCAUUUGAAUAUUGGUAAUCCUUUUUCUAACGAGAGGAACAGACUCGGAUUGGCUUUAAAUCAAUUGUCAUAAGCAUUAAAAAAGAAUAGAAUUCUAGCAAUCUUGGAUAUAAGCGGUUGUGGCAUAUAUGAUUGAAGAAAUUUAAACUCUGCUUUUUCAGAGAACCUUAAUCUUUUACAUAUUAAUGUUUCUGAUAAUGAACUAAAAGAUGCUCUAAUUUUACCAUCAUAUUUAGAAAUGUUGGAAGCAUAAAAUAAUAUUUAAGGGUAGUAAGUGGUUUAAAUUACUGAAUAAUUAAGAUAAGGUUCUGAUUCUGUUUAUGCUAGUGAAAUUAAUUUAAAAAGAAAUAAAUUAACCAUUCAUCAACUAUUUGCUAUUCUAGAAUAAAUUGAAAGAAAUACUCAUUUGAAUAAAUUAAUACUUGAUGAAAAUACUUUUAUAGGUGAAAACAAUAUUUUUAUUUGCAAUUAUCUUGUGUAUAAUAAUCAUCUUGAAUACCUUUCUUUGAGAAAUUGACUUAAAAUUUUAUUGAACAAUUGGCAUCUGGCUUAUGUAGAAAUGCAAGUUUGAAAACUUUAGAUAUAAGUAAAAAUAUCAUAGGAGAUUAAGGAGCUUUAGUAUUAGUAGAAGAAUUUUAAGGGUCAUGUAAUAUCAAAUGUAUUGUAAUGAAAAGAUGAGGCUAAACUGAUAUAAGUGAAUUAGAAUUAUUUAAAACAUUUCUAAAAUCCAAUAUAUAAGAAUAUGAUUUCUCAAAUAAUCUUAUGGGAGAUUAAACUGAUAUGUAUGCAAUUUAAUUGAUAAAAAAGAAUAAAGACAUUAUCAAAAUAAAUUUUAAGAAAAUUCUGAAUUCAUAUGAAACCAAUUAAUAAAUUGAGAAACUAUUAUUAGAUAAUAUCUAAGAUAGAAAAAGAAAUAUAAUUCCUCAUCUUCGUCAUAAGGUUUAAGGAAUGACAGACUAGAGAGAAUAAUAGGAAUAUGUGGAUAAGAAAAAAGAAUAACUUUUUGUAAAAAAGAGUCAAACUGAAAAGGACUUUAAGUUUGCAUAAUCUCAAGUAAUUUUAUGCUAAUAGGGAGUUAAAGAAAGUACUUAAGUUGUAGAAGAACCAUUGAAUAAAUUAAGAGAAUAAGCCUAACAUUUGACAGUCUAGUAACUUAAUCUUGAUAAAGUACUUUGGAAUCAAAUUAAAGUGAUUGAGGAUGAGCAGAAAUAAAUUACUGACUAAAUUAAGAAUGAAAAUACUCUAAUUGUAAAUUUAAACAAAUAAAUAUAAGAAACUUAAGUAUUUAUUCUUAACACAUAUGAAGAGCAAAUAAAAAUCUAUAGUUUAAUUUUAUAAAUAAUAGAUGGAAAAUCUGAGAUUGCAAGAUGGAAUUACAAAAAGAAAGUUAGAUUAACAUUAAUAGGAAUAUAAUAGUAUUGAAUCAUAAUUAGAAUUUGUUAAAAAAUAACAGAAAACAAUUUAAAAAAAAUGA